UUCAUUCCUCUCUUAUCCGCGUCGUUCUGAUUUCAUUGCAUAUUGGGUGUUCCUACGUUUUUUCCUCUCCGCAUACCUUAGCACUCAAGACAACUGGAAUGUCAUGCCUCUCGUUCACUUUCCGCUUCGUCUCGUCGUCUACUCAUAUCAUCGCAGCCCUAUCGCAGAACACAUCCGUCACUCUUCUUAUGCCGCUCGUUUUACCUUGUGUACUAUGGAUCAUGGCCACUAUUCAUCCUCAAACUAUUCUAGUGCUCCAGUAUUCUGAGGUAGUUGAUUCGAUUAUUACAUAUACAUCAUCAGUGAUAUUGUCGUCAUAUAUUGUGACUCUAAGAGCGAGUCUCAGCGUCUGGCUAGGGGAAAUUUCACUGACACUGCACGAUCUGUCUGCAUCUGUCGAGGUAAAACGAGAAAGUCUAGCGAUACAAAUAUCUAGUAUAUGAAUAUAGUGAUGUCGUGUGGUAAUGUCAGUGCUUGGAUAUCGUCCGUUCAUCAAACUGGCUUUAGCUCGAGGUCCUUCUUCCCAUCCAUCGGUGAACUGAAGGAAGAGCUUUCACUAGUACUGUUUGUAUGGUGGCGGAGCUCCU